AUGGCUGUGGGAAAGAAUAAGCGCUUGACAAAGGGAGGAAAGAAGGGAGGCAAGAAGAAGGCCGGAGACCCCUUCCUUCGAAAGGAAUGGUACGACAUCAAGGCCCCAAGCAUGUUCACCGUGCGCCAGUGUGGUAAGACCUUGGUCUCCAGGACCCAAGGCACCAAGAUCGCUACGGAAGAACUGAAAGGUCGAGUGUUGGAGGUGAACCUGGCAGAUCUCAACAACGACGAGGACCAAGCGUCCAAGAAGAUCCGCCUCUGCAUCGAGGAGGUGCAGGGCCGAAGCUGCCUGACGGACUUUCACGGCAUGUCGCUGACUCGCGAUAAGAUCUGCUCGUUGAUCAAGAAGUGGCAGACGCUCAUCGAAGCACAUGUGGAUGUAAAGACCACCGAUGGAUACGUGGUGCGAAUGUUUGCCAUCGCUUUCACCAAGCACCAAAGAGGGCAAGUGAAGGUCAAUUGCUACGCUCAGUCGGCGCAGAUCCGAAAGAUCCGAAAGAAGAUGGUGGAGAUCAUGACCCAGGAGGCGAGCAAAGUCCAACUGCGGGAGUUGGUGAAAAAGCUGAUCCCCGAGUCCAUCGGCAAGGAGAUGGAGAAGCAGUGCCAGGGCAUCUUCCCCCUGAAGGACUGCUUGAUUCGAAAGGUGAAGAUCCUGAAGAAACCAAAGUUCGACAUCACCAAACUCAUGGAGCUUCACGGUGAGGGAGGCGACGACACGGGCGUGGAGAUGAUGCGCCCCGAGGCCGAUGAGGCCAUGAACACCCUCACUGCCGACGUCGCGGCCGCAGGCGACGACGAGUGA